UGGUCAGGAUGCUGCUGUGGCAUACUCUCCAUUUUUUGACAGAUUCUCGCUUGCUCUCACACCGGCCGCCAUGUGUACCGCGAGCACCAGUUGAUCCACAGAGCUACAGUACGUACAUACAACAGACCCCGCACCAUGACAGUCUCCAUAUUCACUGCAGCUUCUCUCCUGAUAGCCUCUGCUGCUGCUGCGAAAAAAGGCGCGUUCCCGAACAACUCCGUGUUGAGAGAAGGUAGAGGCAGAAGCACAGGCGGAAGCAGGAACGGAGAGGACUCUUCGUCAGAUUCAUCAUCACAUGACAACAUGGGCACUCAGGGAGGGUGCUCGGAUCCAGUUGGAGCCGUCCUCAACUUGUUUGGCUGCGUCACGAACAAGGACAGUAUGUGCGCUGCUGCUGGCUAUGACCCUGGCUUUCAACGCUUCCACAACGAAAACUUCACGGGAGACUUACCAGUUUCCGAACCUGAUUAUUGGACCGGCGCUUUCGCGGUCGUCGAUUUUUCUUUCGACAUCAAGUUCACCAACAACCCUUCGCCGAACAGGGCCUCUGUGCGCUACAUUGAGGCUGUGACCACAACCGACGGGCUGAGCCUGGGGGUACCAGCAACGUUCGAGUACCCGUUCAACGUCACCAUUCUUCAGCACGAACACGCGCUUGUGGACGUCGACGACGAUUGCAACUUCGUACUCUGGGAUCAGUACGGUGACGACCAGGAGCAGACGGAUGUGGAAGUGGUUGUAGCGGAUCUGCUAUCUUGUGUGGGCGGGGGGGCGUGCGGACCCGCCUGAAAGAGAAACGGCCAUAGAUGAUCUGCGCUCGGCGCAAUAAUGGUGUCAACCAAAAGUUUAUUACAGCUGUGGCAGCCUCAGGAGGCUGUGGAAGACCGGCCAGUGCUCAGGAACGAAGUUCGGCGGCGGGUGCUUGGACGGUGUCACAAUAUGACAACAAGAAUGGACGAUCUCGCUGCGGUUUGAUACAGUAAACAGCAUCACGUUUGAAUUUGACAUCCUUUUGCCGAAUCUUUUUAUAUUUCUCUGUUGACUAUGGUUGGUAUUGCCUGCCUUCGUUCUACAUGUAUUAUUUUUGCGGGGCCAGUAGAGGAGGGAAAUAAAUCUGUUGCGAAGAUUAUUUAGAACCUAAUGUAGGUGUCGCGAUUGUUUGGCCGACAAGACACUAAGAACAAGGACAUGCCCAGCGCGCCCCAAAGGGUACAAGGGAAAUAGGAACCCGAAAGCUGUGUGCGCUAUGGAUCACCAAGAGCAGCCCUUCCAAAACCAAAAACCAGAGGUAUCUACUACUUUGAACUGCAAGCAGUCUUGUAGAGCUUGUUGUCGUCCGGUGCUUGUGUGAUUUUUUUGGUGCCGCCAUCGACGGCCCGAACCGAUAGAUAGUGAAAGAGACAGGUCAGUAUUUAGCGGUAUAUCGGGGUGAACACGACCAAUACGUUUUCCAGGUCGCGGACUCCUUCGACAGGUGAGUCUCGGAAGGGGAUGGGACGGUAUGAUGAUAUGUCGGGGUAGGUCAGUUUUUGCGUUUGUAUUGCGUUUAUUUGCGUUUUGGAACGGGCCCUAGCCUGCAGCAACGCUCGCCACUUUUCGGCUGGGCUGCGGAUGAAUGUCGGUGUGCUUCAGUCUCGUUUAGAACCUGUACUACUCAAACAACGUGCAGGGUUGACACCUCUUUGUACGAGACAUCGGUUUUGGCACUCAUGUAGACGAUGGGGGGAAACAACUACUCCAGUCCAAUGUAUUUGCGUCGCUUGAACACUCGAGCAUCAACCAAACGUUGUUUCGUCAAUAUCUGCUUACAUAUAUGCGUGUGAUACACUCGAGCAGAGGUGAAAGCCGCCGAAAAGGGGUAUUGGUGAUCAAUGUGAUACUGCAUUUAGACGAAGGGGGGAGAGUAUGGAUGAGUGGGAUCCAUCUGUUGAAAUCCUGAUGGAUCCGUCUUCGACCCUGCUGCACAUGUAGUCUACGAUGCAUGUGCAGCUAAACUUACCUCGAGCGUCUUCCGACGUGUAUUGCGAAACAAUCACAGCUCUAGACCUUCGGGAGAAAGAUU